GACGUCAUUAUAACUCGACAUUUUCUCCACGCUAUAAGACGCUUACGUCACAUUCACCAUUUCUCCGCAUGCAUUCAUUUUAAAUCAAUAAAAUGGACGACACGUCGGAUCCAAUCAAAGACUUCGAACAAUGGAAAAAGAAAUACAACUUGAAGAAAGCUCGCGUCAAGCGUGAACGAAUCAAGACGAAGCCGGAGUGGCAGGUCGAGCAAGAGAAGAUCGACCGGCUGGUGAGCAGGUACGGCGACAUCGACAGCAAGGAAGUCAUCAGGUUCUCCGACUUCCCAAUUUCCAAGAAAACCCUCUUAGCCCUCCAGAAGCACCAGUACAGGCAGCCCACUGAGAUCCAGAGGCAGACGAUCGGCUUCGCGCUGCAGGGGAAGGACGUGCUGGGAGCCGCCAAGACCGGAUCUGGAAAGACUUUAGCCUUCCUCGUCCCGGUGCUGGAAUGUCUGUACCGCCAGCAGUGGAGCUCCGUGGACGGCCUGGGCGCCCUCAUCAUCUCUCCCACCAGGGAGCUGGCCUACCAGACCUUCGAGGUGCUCCGCAAGGUGGGCAAGAACCACGAGUUCUCAGCGGGCCUCAUCAUCGGUGGAAAGGACCUGAAGGGCGAGUCCGAGAAGAUCCACCGCACCAACAUCGUUAUCUGCACGCCGGGCAGGCUGCUGCAGCACAUGGAUGAGACGCCUGACUUCCACGUGACCGACCUGUGCAUGCUGGUGCUGGACGAAGCCGAUCGCAUCCUGGACAUGGGCUUCGCCAGCACGCUCAACGCCAUCGUGGAGAACCUCCCCGUCGGCCGGCAGACGCUUUUGUUCUCCGCCACACAGACCAAGUCAGUCAAAGACCUGGCGCGACUUAGCCUCAAGGACCCAGAGUACGUGUGGGUGCAUGAGAAGGCCAAGUUCAGCACGCCGGCCACGCUGGAGCAGAGCUACGUCGUGUGCGAGCUCCAUGACAAGGUCAACAUGCUCUUCUCCUUCAUCCGAAGUCACUUGAAGAAGAAGAUCAUAGUGUUCUUUGCCUGCUGCAAGGAGGUGCAGUACUUGUUCCGCAUUUUCUGCCGCCUGCGGCCGGGCAUCCCCGUGUUGGCGUUGCACGGCAAGCAGCAGCAGAUGAAGCGGGUGGAGGUCUACAACGACUUCCUGCGAAAGAAUAACGCCGUGCUCUUUGCCACGGACAUCGCCGCGAGGGGACUGGACUUCCCCGCCGUCAACUGGGUGCUGCAGUACGACUGCCCCGAGGACGCAGACACCUACAUCCACAGGGUGGGCCGCACGGCCAGGUACAAGGAGGGCGGCGAGGCCUUGCUGCUGCUGAUGCCCUCCGAGCAGACGGGCAUGAUUGCCCAGCUGCAAGAGAAGAAGGUGCCCGUCAACAAGAUCCAGGUGAAUCCAGAAAAGCUCCAGAAUGUUCAGCAGAAGCUGGAGGCCUUCCUGGCUCAGGAGCAGGAGCAGAAGGAGCGCGCCCAGCGCUGCUUUGUCUCUUACUUGCGCUCCGUCUUUCUGAUGAGGAACAAGGACGUGUUUGACGUCUUCAAGUUGCGGCUGCACAAGUACGCGGUGUCCUUGGGCCUGGCCGUGGCGCCGCGGGUGCGCUUCCUCGACAAAGCUGAGGCAGGGAGAACGGCUGAAAAGCGAGGGGAAGACGAGGAACUGAGCAGCUUCAAAGCUCAAUUAAGAGGCGAUUUUCCUCACCAAGAGGAAUCUGAAGAUGACAGUGAUAAUGAAGAUCGGGCCAAAGCGCCCUUCCUGGAUGCCGACGAUGACGACCUGAGAGAGAUAGACUUCCUCACAGUCAAACGAAAGGAUGUCUUCAAGAAUGAAGAAGAGCACCAGACCCAGGUGGAUGAGCCCAUCAAGAAGGCGCCCCAAAAAAUGACCAAGUACAAAGAGGCCAAGAAGAUCCUCAAAAGGAACUUCAAAGUCAACACUAAAGUGUCCUUCACAGAGGAAGGGGAAGCCAUCCAGGUUUGGCCUCCCGUACAGAGCUUGGCCACCAGCCAGGAUGGGGCGCAGGAGGAAGACGACGUGUCGGGGAUCAACGUGGAGAAGGCCAAGGAGCGGCUGAGGAGGGAGGACCGGGAGUUUGACAAGCAGGAGUAUAGCCGCAAGGUGAAGGCCAAACACCGCGAGAAGAAGCUAAAGGCCAAAGCGGCCAGGAAGGAGGCCAGCAAGCAGCACGCAGACAAGUCGGAGGAUGACAGCGACGAGGUGGUGGCGUAUCUGGCCAGCGGCGGCGAGGAGGAGUUUGACCCCAGCACGCUGCCGGACCCCGACAGACAGCGUGACGACACCGAGGAUGAAGAUGGACCCGUUAAACGCAGCUACAGCAGCAGUGAGGAAGAUGAGGCACCACGGAGGAGCGGGAAGAAGGCAAGGCAGCAGCAGCAAGAGGAGGAACACGCAUCGCUGGACACGGGCCUGUCGCUGGCCGAGGACGAGGAGCUGGUCAUGCGGCUGCUCUCGGGACGCACGUGAAGUUAACAGGACUAAUUUUGUUUUGCUAAUUUUGUCAUUAUCGUCACGUCACACGCAAGACUUGACUCUAGUUCGACUUUGACAUCCUUGAUAUACUGUAUAUUAAUCAUAUUAUUAUAACUUGGAUAUAAAGUGUUACAAAAUAA